AUGAUGGAAGGUGCUUGGGACAUCGCUUUCGUGCUUCUCCAUGUGUGGAUGUCCAUAGUAGCGGGUCUCAUUGUGUUACCUGCUAUGUUCGGUGUGUCCCUGGGCUUCACAGACAUCUACAUCAAGCUGCUGGUUAAGACACUGGAGUGGGCCACUCUCAGGAUCCAAAGAGGACAGAAAGAACAGCCAACACUGCCAUUACAGCUAGCUAACGGGAUCAUCGAGAAAGAUGACGGCUCUAUGGAAGAGGAGAUCGGAGAGCUGCGUCGCUCUCAUCCUAAAAAUCUGGCAGAGGGAAACUUUACGCUGUGUGACGCCUUCUAUUUCUGUAAGAAAGGCAUUGAGAACAUUGUGGAGGAUCAGGUGACUCAGCGCUUCUCUUCUGAGGAACUGGCCUCCUGGAAUCUCCUCACACGAACCAAUAACAACUUUCGAUACAUCAGCGUGCGCCUCACCAUCAUUUGGGGCCUAGGAGUUUUUGUACGUUACUGUGUCUUAUUGCCUCUCAGGAUCACUUUGGCAGUCAUUGGAUUGAGCUGGUUGGUGAUAGGAACUACUCUAGUUGGAUUGCUUCCUAAUAGCAAGGUGAAGAACUGGCUCAGUGAUUUGGUUCAUAUUACAUGCUACAGAAUAUGUGCCAGAGGCCUGUCUGCUACUAUCCGUUAUCAUAAUAAAGAGAACCGUCCGAAAAAAGGAGGCAUCUGUGUUGCCAACCACACCUCCCCGAUUGACAUUGUCAUUCUGGCGAAUGAUGGAUGUUACGCUAUGGUAGGUCAAGUUCACGGAGGCCUCAUGGGGGUCAUCCAGAGGUCAAUGGUGCGCUCCUGUCCCCAUGUGUGGUUUGAGAGGUCUGAGAUGAAAGAUCGCCAUGCCGUUGCCAAAAGGUUGAAAGACCAUAUUGCAGAUAAAACUAAGCUGCCAAUCUUGAUCUUCCCUGAGGGAACUUGCAUUAAUAAUACAUCAGUCAUGAUGUUCAAAAAGGGAAGCUUUGAAUAUGGUGGAACUAUAUACCCAGUAGCAAUCAAGUAUGACCCUCGCUUUGGAGAUGCCUUCUGGAACAGUGCCAAAUACAACAUGGUGAGCUACAUCCUCAGAAUGAUGACAAGUUGGGCCAUUGUGUGCAACGUGUGGUACCUGCCACCUAUGACUCAACAGGAGGGAGAGGAUGCUGUUCAUUUUGCUAACAGAGUGAAGUCAGCCAUAGCACAUCAGGGAGGACUGGUGGAUUUGUCCUGGGAUGGAGGACUGAAAAGGUCAAAGGUGAAAGAGUCAUUCAAGGAGGAGCAGCAGAAGAUGUACAGCAGUAUGAUUGUAGGUUUGGACUGUCAAGAAGCCACUGUUGGACCCGCGUAAAUCCUAACGCACACUAUUUAUAAACUUGAUGAGAAUGGGAGAAACACUUCUAGAUCAGCCACCGAACACCAUUACCGGCACAAUAUGAUGUUCUGCUUUUUGAUUCAGUGAUAUAUAUAUAUAUUUUUCUAAAACUGGAAAAUGUUUCCUAGUGAUUUGAACUUACGUGUUCAUAAAUCCAAAAAAAAAAAAAAAUGUGACGACACAGACAGUAGUUAGUAACUAGAACACGUUUGUCUCUUUGUUCUCAAUCGUUUGGGUGCUAAUAUAUGUAGUUUCACUUACUCUAUAUAUUUGCAUGUGAAAUAUUCACUUUGUGCAUGUUCAUAAUGUAUUCCUGUUAAAUUACUUCUUAAAGAUCUUCCAGAAUGUAAGCUACUGUGGCAAGUACUACUACGGGACUUUAACAAAUACUUCCUUGUUACAUACUGGUACUUAUUUCAGUAUAUAAUUUACGAGUCAAAAUUGCAACGAGUACUAGUAUCUAAUGAAUAAGUGGUAACACUUUACAAUAAGGUUGCAUUGGUUAAUGUUAGUUAAUGCAUUUCUAACAUAAACAAACAAUGAACAAUACAUUUAUUACAGUAUUUGUUCAUGUUAGCUAACGUUAGUUAAUGAAAACAGUUGUACAUUGUUAGUUGGUGUUAACUCAGGCUGCGUUAACUAAUGUUAUCAAACAUUAUUUUGGAUUUUAAUAAUGCAUUAGUAGAUGUUGAACUGUUAUUAAUAAAUGCUGAUUAAGUAUCGGUCAUACUUAGUUCAGGUUAGUAAUUACAUUAACUAAUGAAACCUUAUUGUAAAGUGUGACCAUUUAUGUAAUAGGUUUUAGUAUCAAACAAAUAAGGGCUGGUAUCUAAUAAUAAGUACCAGUAUCUACUGAAAAAGUACUAGUAUCUGAUGGCUCAUUUCCACUGAGAGGUACAGUUUGGUAUAGUACGGUAUGCAUUUAUUUACAUUUCCAAUGUCAGAAGUACCAAAAUACCAAAUUGUACCAUACCCCUUUUUGGGACCCUUUCCUAAGGCUACCUAGCGCAACAGUAUGGUAUUAAAAGAAGGAGAUUAUCACCUGUUCACGCAAUAUGCCACAAGAAAAACAACAACGACAAGGAAGCCUAAUUUUUAAAUACACAUGCUCAAACAAACUUGUCGUCUUGUGACGAACAUCCACAUGCCAAGAAGUAAAAACAACAUGCUGUAUGUCCACCACCGUUGUUUACAAAAACACAAUUCAUGUCACUUCCUCUCCCUAUUUGCCUGCUCUUGUUGUGCGCUUACAUUUAAUACAAUUAAAUUGAGCAUCCAAAAGAUGUGAUAUGUGAAUUAAGGCUUUCUUCUUCAAGCGAGAAUGGUGGCAAUCGCUACUUUCUGGCGUAACUUACAGCAUGCUUAGUGUGAGGAUACUUUUGGCAGUGAAAACACAAGCCUGAUCAGGGUAACCUGUACCUAAUCAUACUGUACUGUACUGAAUAGUACCGCUCUGUGGAAAACAAGGCAUAAUAAUAGCUUCUAACCGAUAAGUACCAAGACAGUGCCUAUUUAAUAGGCCCUAGUGUCUAAUAAAUGUGAAUUAAUAUCUAAUAAAUAAGCACUAGUAUCUUUUGAAGAAGUAUUCAUUAUUAGAUACUAGUACUUUUUAUCAAAUAAAUGUCACUAGCUUGCCAUAGAGCUGCACAUGCUUCUCUCAGGUCCUGUGGGCUGUUCCUGUGUGGACACUAGAGGUCACUGUUACCAAACUAAAGAAAGCCUGCACCACAUUGGCCAGCUCACUACCAUCUUUGCUAAUAAAAUGCUGAAAUUAAAUAA